ACCACUUUAACCCAACAACAACAACAACAAUCACACUCUCUCUCCUCGGCUGAUUUAGCACACCUACAAGGACAAAAAAGGCACCACUGUGUGUAUAUAUAUAGAUAUAUAUAAUCUAGGAGGGCGAUUCUUAUUGCAGGUGUAAGUCGCAGAGACUUUAGCUGCUUUGUACUGGGUACCAGGCAGUGGUGAGGUGGACUGGUGAACCGGGAUGUGCUGUGACAUAAUGACUUAGUAUGACUCACGCUGCAGUGAACAGAUUGCUUAGCUUCGGAAGCUGCACCGCUUACCUAUGUAGUACAGAGCAUCUAGACAGGAUGGAAAGUGGACGCCGCAAAGCUCAUGCAAGUGGAGGAAAAGUAAUGACACUAGCAGGUGGAAGUGAGGAGUGCGGCGUGAGUGUCGGAGAAAGUGUAGUGUGGCUCAGUGAAGAUCAUCCAGAGUUGGGGGUUGUGCGAUGGGCUGGCAAGUUACCAGGAAUGAACGAUUCUGGUACAUGGAUGGUUGGCGUGGAAUUUGAUAAUCCUGUGGGUAAUGACAACCAUAGAGUGAAUGGCAAGUUGCUGUUUGAUGCUAAAGUCAAUCAUUCUUCUCUAAUGCCUGUUACAAGUCUCAUGAAGACUGAAGAUUUUCUUGGAAAAGAAUCCCUAAAUGCAGAUCAGACUGGACGCAACCCAAGUGGGAAGAGACCUGCACAUUUGAUUUCAAAGAAUGGCAGUCAGCUUGGUAGUGACAUGUCAAGCAUGACUCCUUUCCACCUGCUAGCUUAUGAGCACUUGUCAGCACCUGGUCAGCGGGGUGGAGGCCCUCCACCAUCAUACUCUGAGGAGUGGGAGCUUCCUCCUCAUAUGACUUACAGCACUGCAAAAAAUAUGAUAUCAUGUAAUAAGGAGACUCUCCACGAUCAUAAAUCUCGGCAGAGGGACAAGAGUAAAAUUUUAAAUCGAAAUAUAGAUAAAAAGAACAACAAAUGGAAAUCUUCUGGAAUCAGUGGACGACCCACGCAAAUAAGCAGUGAUCUUGAACACAACUCUAUUGUGGGGCUCGGAGAAUCUGAGUUGCCGGUGAACCCAUUGUAUCAUUUAACUCUUCGGGGGAUUGACCAGUUGGAAGUUGUGUCUGAUGGAGAUGGCAGUGUGUACGAGACUCCCGAGGGUAGUGUUGAGGGCACUGAAGAGGACCUAGACAUUGGCUCACUGGUGGAGGUGGUUAUCAAGGAAGUUCCUAGAUUUGGGGUCAUCAGAUGGAUUGGCACUGUUCCUGGAGACAAGAAAGAAGGAAGGAAAGUUGCCGGUGUGGAGAUGGAAGAUGCGGAAGAUGGUCUAUCAGAUGGAACCUUCAGUGGCAAGAGGUAUUUUACAUGUCCAACUGGGAAAGCAUUGUUUGUCCCGCUGCGUAUGUGUCAUAAAGACAGUCGUUUCCUAGAAUCCAUAUCGUCCAAUCCAAGAGCUAGUCUAGAGAGAUCCUCUCGAGCAUUUGGUAGCAUGGACUGUCAGCCAGUAGGAGGUAGCGUAGCUCCUCUCUCCACCCCAGACGAGGUACGGGCCAUGUUUGGCAAAAAUCGAGGGAUCCAGGGCCAUCAGAAUUCUUGCUAUCUCGAUGCUACUCUCUUUAGCAUGUUUGCUUUUACAAGUUAUCCAAUAUCUCAGGGCAGAUAUGACAGUAUGGUGAUGUUAUCUCAUCAGUUGACUCUACUGUUGACUGGUAUUUCCUUCAUCAUUGCAGAUCCAGAGGAGUUCCUGCACUCACUGUUGGCCCAGAUUCUUCAAGCUGAGCCCCUUCUUCAGUUAUCCUCUGGUCAAGAAGCCUAUCAUUACCAGCUUUUUGUUGAUAAGGAUGAGAAGCUUAACCUACCAUCAGUUCAGAAUCUCUUUGACCAAUCUUUCCUGACCUCAGAUAUUAAAUUGAAGCAAGUUCCGUCCUGUUUGAUUAUCCAGAUGCCCCGUUUUGGAAAAGACUACAAAAUGUACCCAAGGAUUUUGCCGUCCAUGGUUCUUGAUGUUACAGAUGUCAUUGAGAACUAGCACCCACGACAAUGCAAUAUUUGUGGCAAGUUGCUGAGUCACGAGUGCAGUGAGUGCUUGGGAAGUGUGGGUAGGUUUGAGAGCUUUGCCUUCUGUGCCAAUUGUCAUGUGCAGGCUCAUAGCCACAAGAAAAGAGGCAGUCACACAUCUACACGCAAAUUAAAAGUUCCUCCAGAUUUUCAGAUGCUGGCUGAUCACUGUGGCUCUAUUCCCCGAGUGUACAUGGAGCUCUUUGCUGUAGUAUGCAUUGAGACUUCGCAUUACGUCGCAUUCACGAGGUGUGGUUCUGGUGCUGAUGCUACUUGGUGCUUUUUUGACUCAAUGGCAGACAGAAAAGGUGAGCAGCAUGGGUACAACAUCCCAACUGUUGUAGAGUGUGGAGACUUGAUGCAGUGGGUCGGGGAUGAGGGCAGCCAGAUGCUUCACGCCGUCACAGACAACAAGGCUCUUCCCGACCUUCCUCGACGUCUUCUCUGUGAUGCAUACAUGUGCUUUUACCAGAGUCCCAAAGUUAUGAUGUAUAGGUAGACAUAAAUUAUGUACUGUACUGUCCCCUUUGUGAGUUGAUUUGUGGAUUAUUCUACUCCGAGUCCAGCUAAAGCUAUUGUCUCCUUUGCCUUCUCCGUAUUAUACUGGUCUACAAAUUUGGAACAGUUUUGUGCUUCAAAGGAAAAAGGUAUAGCAUUGCAAUACAGUGGACCCCCGGUUAACGAUAUUUUUUCACUCCAUAAGUAUGUUCAGGUGCCAGUACUGACCGAAUUUAUUCCCAUAAGGAAUAUUGUGAAGUAGAUUAGUCCAUUUCAGACCCCCAAACAUCCACGUACAAACGCACUUACAUAAAUACACUUACAUAAUUGGUCGCAUUCGGAGGUAAUCGUUAUGCGGGGGUCCACUGUAUAUGGUUUUUGGGACACUGAAAACUAAUAUAACCAUAAUAAAAAUUUGUUGGCUAAAGGAAAUUUCAUGUAUUUUUUUAACAAUUAUGUAUUAUGGCUAUAGGAAACUGCUUACAGUAUAUGCUUUAAACAUUUAUGCAUUGUGGAUCUGACUCAACAGCUUUUUCCCUCUACAGUUUAUUUACCCUCCUUCCUUCCCAGGUCAAAGACUACAUCAACUAGUCUGAGUCAGUAGCUUCCUAUAUAAGAGCCACUUUGCAAUUUAAGAUAAUAUCCAUAUUCAGUGACCCAAAAUUUGUAGAGAAUGAAAAUUUUUAUUUCUGAGGUAUUUUUAUUGUAGACCAGUGUUAUUUAUGUACUUAUUUAGUACUCUAUUUAUUUAUUACUUAAAUAUAAAUGUAAAAUUUUUCAUAUUAAUUUUACUCUCAUUCAAAAAAUAAAUUUAUGUACAUACUGUACAUUUGCUGAAUUGCAACACUUUUUCUUUAUGCUAAACAUUUUAGAAUUUCUCACAAAAAACAUUUGAAGAAUGUUAAACGAGAUGAAAAAAAAUACUGUUAAGAGUAUAAAUCAUACAAAGAGAAGGACAAGAGUAGUAUUAAAAAUAAUCACAAAACCUGGAAAGUGUCAGAAAACCAGCUAGAAACUUUGUCCAUAUGGAAACCAUUUGUGUAUGUCUUCUGCUCUUAUUAUGUCAGAAAGCCAUCCAGAGAAUCAGUCCAGCAGCUAGCAAUAUUAUGAAGGUAAACUGCCUUCACAGUGUUAGAUCAGACACUGUCUAGUAUUACACCAUAUACUGUUCUAAUAUUCAAAUAUUGUACUAUUGAUUUUUGAAAACUGUGCCAAAUAGUAAUAAACAUGGAAUUUAAAUUUUAUUUUGAACAAGUACUUGUUACAUCAGAGAGAGCACAUAUUGGAGAAUAUUUUGGAAAUAAAACGUUUUGGUUAAGAAAUUAGCGCUGUAUGACUCUUAUGGGUUUAGCGCUUGAUUAUAAUAAUAAUAAUUUAGUUAAGAAACAUCUCAACAUAAUGUGUAUAAGGUAUGCAUAUGUAUAUUGCAUAGGGUAUGUAUGAUUAUGGUAGUGUAUAUAUUUUAUGUUAUAAUAUGUUGAUGAUAUAGUUUAGGCUCAAGAAUUUAUGCUGUGAAUAUUACUGAUGUUUUCACUAACUAUAUUAUGGAACCUACAGUGAUUCAUCAUUACACUGCCAUUUUUGACAAGGAUCUUUUCUAAAGAGGCUGUUUUGGUUUGCACAUACAAUGUGGUCACUGCUACUACAGUAUCAUGCUCUUUAUUAUUAAAUAAUCCAAAUGCAACUUUAAUCUUCUUGGCAAGUCUCUGUAUACAGGGUGAUUAGUUGAGGCUUAGAUUAUACUUAUUAUACUCACAAAAAGAUGGGCCACACCUGUAUAGGUCAUGAAGCUUAGCAAAGCAGAGAGGAGCUAACAGGAAAGAACUACUGUUUUAAUGGCAUGUUGCCGUUAGUGCAACAGGUCAGUUUCAGUUAUAAAUUUAUAAGAGCAUUCUCGGUAAUAACUCACGAGUCAUGCCUGUUAUUAGACUACAGUGGAACCCCGGUUUUCGUCCUUGAUCUAUUUCAGAAGGUCGGUCGAAAUCCGAAAUGGACGAAAACCAAAGUAAUAUUUCCCAUAAGAAAUAAUGUAAAUCCAAUUAAUUCGUUCCAGACACCCAAAAAUAUUAAGAAAAAAUACAUUUAUAGAGAAUAACUAUAGUUUUACAUACAGAAAACAAUGAGAAAUAAAUAUAAAUGACUAAUUAUAAUGGAUAAAUGAACAUUUAAAUCACUAUUACUUACCCUUAUUGAAGACUCUUGUUGGCCACUCACAUCCAACCCCAUGGACUCACCCACAGCCACAAUAGAUUCCACAACAGGCAUAGGGUUGUCAAGUUUACACUAACUUAUAUUAAGUUAGUAAUAGAACUAGGCAUUAAAAAAUACAAUAAGUAAAAUACAUAAACUGUGCAUUCAUUACUUAAAAUAUUUGUAGUCUUAAUGUAGAUGUGAUUAGUAGGUAGUGUAGGUAGCCGGUAGAUGUAGGUAUGUAAUCUGCCUGGCUACAUACAUACACCUACUUACAUUGCUACAAGAUAUUUAAUGCUGCCCAGAGCCAUAUUAUUACCAUUGACAUACCGUGUUCACUGAGUUUAAUUGUUUCUAGCAACUACCUUGAAAUGCCGUCAUAAACAGAGGGUGAAGUAAUGAAUACUUUGUGCCGAGAAUUGUAAACAAAAGUGUUAUGUGUUAAGGGAGGCGACUGGGCCAAUGCAGAUUCAUACACGUUUUCUCUGGUGCUGGAGUGGAGAAAACGUAAUGUUUUCCCUACGCCUGGCUACCACCCCUCCAUAGCAUGUAAAGAGUGCAUAUUUAUAUGCUAUGUAAUGUGUUUCAAAUAUAAUUUUGAAGAAAUUAUCAUGGAUGGAUUAAUGAAAAUGUCUAUGACUGUGAAACAGAAACCUGUAACUGUUUUGCAUGAUGGUAGGAUUGCUGGUGUCUUUUUCUGUCUCAUAAACACGCUAGAUAACAGGGAUAUCUUGCUACUCCAACUUACACUUUGGUCACACUUCACAGACAUGCACAUGCAUAUAUAUAUACAUACAUCUAGGUUUUUCUCCUUUUUCUACAUAGCUCUUGUUCUUCUUUAUUUCUUCUAUUGUCCAUGGGGAAGUGGAAAAGAAUCUUUCCUCCGUAAGCCAUGCGUGUCGUAUGAGGUGACUAAAAUGCCGGGAGCAAUGGGCUAGUAACCCCUUCUCCUGUAGACAUUUACUAAAAAAGAGAAGAAGAAAAACUUUAUAAAACUGGGAUGCUUAAAUGUGCGUGGAUGUAGUGCGGAUGACAAGAAACAGAUGAUUGCUGAUGUUAUGAAUGAAAAGAAGUUGGAUGUCCUGGCCCUAAGCGAAACAAAGCUGAAAGGGGUAGGGGAGUUUCGGUGGGGGGAAAUAAAUGGGAUUAAAUCUGGAGUAUCUGAGAGAGUUAGAGCAAAGGAAGGGGUAGCAGUAAUGUUGAAUGAUCAGUUAUGGAAGGAGAAAAGAGAAUAUGAAUGUGUAAAUGCAAGAAUUAUGUGGAUUAAAGUAAAGGUUGGAUGCGAGAAGUGGGUCAUAAUAAGCGUGUAUGCACCUGGAGAAGAGAGGAAUGCAGAGGAGAGAGAGAGAUUUUGGGAGAUGUUAAGUGAAUGUAUAGGAGCCUUUGAACCAAGUGAGAGAGUAAUUGUGGUAGGGGACCUGAAUGCUAAAGUAGGAGAAACUUUUAGAGAGGGUGUGGUAGGUAAGUUUGGGGUGCCAGGUGUAAAUGAUAAUGGGAGUCCUUUGAUUGAACUUUGUAUAGAAAGGGGUUUAGUUAUAGGUAAUACAUAUUUUAAGAAAAAGAGGAUAAAUAAGUAUACAAGAUAUGAUGUAGGGUGAAAUGACAGUAGUUUGUUGGAUUAUGUAUUGGUAGAUAAAAGACUGUUGAGUAGACUUCAGGAUGUACAUGUUUAUAGAGGGGCCACAGAUAUAUCAGAUCACUUUCUAGUUGUAGCUACACUGAGAGUAAAAGGUAGAUGGGAUACAAGGAGAAUAGAAGCAUCAGGGAAGAGAGAGGUGAAGGUUUAUAAACUAAAAGAAGAGGCAGUUAGGGAAAGAUAUAAACAACUAUUGGAGGAUAGAUGGGCUAACGAGAGCAUAGGCAAUGGGGUCGAAGAGGUAUGGGGUAGGUUUAAAAAUGUAGUGUUAGAGUGUUCAGCAGAAGUUUGUGGUUACAGGAAAGUGGGUGCGGGAGGGAAGAGGAGCGAUUGGUGGAAUGAUGAUGUAAAGAGAGUAGUAAGGGAGAAAAAGUUAGCAUAUGAGAAGUUUUUACAAAGUAGAAGUGAUGCAAGGAGGGAAGAGUAUAUGGAGAAAAAGAGAGAGGUUAAGAGAGUGGUGAAGCAAUGUAAAAAGAGAGCAAAUGAGAGAGUGGGUGAGAUGUUAUCAACAAAUUUUGUUGAAAAUAAGAAAAAGUUUUGGAGUGAGAUUAACAAGUUAAGGAAGCCUAGAGAACAAAUGGAUUUGUCAGUUAAAAAUAGGAGAGGAGAGUUAUUAAAUGGAGAGUUAGAGGUAUUGGGAAGAUGGAGGGAAUAUUUUGAGGAAUUGUUAAAUGUUGAUGAAGAUAGGGAAGCUGUGAUUUCGUGUAUAGGGCAAGGAGGAAUAACAUCUUAUAGGAGUGAGGAAGAGCCAGUUGUGAGUGUGGGGGAAGUUCGUGAGGCAGUAGGUAAAAUGAAAGGGGGUAAGGCAGCCGGAUUGAUGGGAUAAAGAUAGAAAUGUUAAAUGCAGGUGGGGAUAUAGUUUUGGAGUGGUUGGUGCAAUUAUUUAAUAAAUAUAUGGAAGAGGGUAAGGUACCUAGGGAUUGGCAGAGAGCAUGCAUAGUUCCUUUGUAUAAAGGCAAAGGGGACAAAAGAGAGUGCAAAAAUUAUAGGGGGAUAAGUCUGUUGAGUAUACCUGGUAAAGUGUAUGGUAGAGUUAUUAUUGAAAGAAUUAAAAGUAAGAAUGAGAAUAGGAUAGCAGAUGAACAAGGAGGCUUUAGGAAAGGUAGGGGGUGUGUGGACCAGGUGUUUACAGUGAAACAUAUAAGUGAACAGUAUUUAGAUAAGGCUAAAGAGGUCUUUGUGGCAUUUAUGGAUUUGGAAAAGGCAUAUGACAGGGUGGAUAGGGGGGCAAUGUGGCAGAUGUUGCAGGUGUAUGGUGUAGGAGGUAGGUUACUGAAAGCAGUGAAGAGUUUUUACGAGGAUAGUGAGGCUCAAGUUAGAGUAUGUAGGAAAGAGGGAAAUUAUUUCCCAGUAAAAGUAGGCCUUAGACAGGGAUGUGUGAUGUCACCGUGGUUGUUUAAUAUAUUUAUAGAUGGGGUUGUAAGAGAAGUAAAUGCGAGGGUCUUGACAAGAGGCGUGGAGUUAAAAGAUAAGA